CAGAUACAACGUAGUUCAAUCGAAGAUAAUACUAUAUAUAAGUGUUUUUCUGCAUACGCUGCGUGUGUAGAAGUUACUUCGUGAAGUGACUUUCAGUUUUUACGUAAAGUAUUCAUUCGUAAAUGAAAAUAUGAGUUUUGGAUUACCAUCGUUAAUACCUAAGCCUGCUGUGGCUGACCAAUUUAAUCUUAAAGAUGAUACAUAUGGUAUUCCAAAUCCUAUGGUUUCUGGGUUAGCAGGAACAAGGCAAAAAAUUGGUUAUUCACAUCCUUUAGAAGCUUCAGAAUUAAAUCAUAAGAAAAAUCAAGAAUGUAUGAAUAUGGUCUUAUUACGUAAUGCUCAAGGAUUACAUGCUCCAUUGCGUCUUGCAAUGGAAUUAAAAGCAGCUGAGAAAGUUGGUAGACUUCCCUUUUUACCAUCAUCAAAUAUUAUGAGAGAUGUUAUUCUUGGUAGAGAUGAAGAAAUUGGAUUUGAGGAUAUAUUAAAUACACCUGAAUUCCGAGAACAAAUGGGACAACCUCACGCCGUAGUAGAAAAAAGUCUUGGAAUUCUUUAAGAAGGAGAGUUGCAUCAUUCACAGCCAUCUGAAUUAUAUUACCAAUAAUGCAAAUAGGAACACUUAUACAUUCUUAAUAUUUAGAAUUCUUUAAAUCAUUAAGUUUUUGUUAGAUUAAUUAUAUAGACAACGUAGGAAGAAAGUUCACAAGGCUAUCAAAAAAGUUAAGAUAAGUUUAUCAAAGAGAUACAGUACAUUAUUGCUCUAUAUUGAUAAAUAUGUCAAAUUAGUUAACUCAUUAAACAUUGUAAUCUGUAUAA